AUGUUGAAGUCCUUAAGAAAAGCGCAGGGGAGAGAAAUAUACAGCGUCCAUUCAUGGCUCCCUCUAAUGAAGUUGCCAAAGAAUGAUGAGCUUGACAUCGUCUUUUCAGGGAGAGACGGUCGUGGCAUCAGGCAACCCCAUGACGAUCCACUAGUAAUCAUGCUCAGAUUAAAAGAGUUCAACAUCCAUCGAGUGCUCAUUAACAAUGGAAGCUCGGCAGAUAUCAUCUACUUGCUCGCAUUUCAGCAGAUGAAGUUGGAUAAGAAAAGGAUCAGGCCUUUUACCUCACCUCUAGUAAGCUUCACAAGGGAUAGAAUCGUCCCUAGAGGCAUCGUCACUCUAAUUAUGAUUGCAGGAACUUACCCAACACAGGUUACCAAGGAAAUUAAUUUCCUCAUAGUUAAUUGCCCUUCAACAUACAACAUCAUCUUGGGAAGACCUGCACUCAACAGAUUAAGAGCAGUAACGUCAACAUAUUACUUAAAGGUGAAUUUUCCAACAACCCAUGGAGUAGGAGAAAUUAAAGGAGGCCAAGUUCUGACAAGAGAAUGCUAUCAAGCUACCUUAGCAUCAGGAGAGAACCACAUGUGGGUGAUCAAUGAACCAGAGCCCAUCCCUGAACCAUCAGAAACACCACAAGAAGUUGAGAUCGUCUUAGGAGAUUUGACGAAGGUAUUGAAGAUAGGAACUGCACUCCCAACUUUAGAGAAAGAGAAGAUGAUUUCCUUCUUAAGGGUAAACCAAGAUGUUUUUGCCUGGAAACACGAGGAUAUGCCUGGGAUUGAUAGGAAGAUCAUACAACAUCGUCUUAAUGUCAACCCAGAAUGCAAGCCCGUACAACAGAAGCGGAGAAUAUCGCACCAGAAUGCAAUAAAGCUAUAA